CCGCUCAUAGUCUUCCUGCUGCUCAUCGUCAUGGGCGCCUGCCUCGCCCUGCUCGCCGUCUUCUUCGCGCUCGGGCUGGAAGUGGAAGACCAUGUGGCAUUUUUAAUAACAGUUCCCACUGCCCUGGCAAUUUUUUUUGCCAUAUUCAUCCUGGUCUGCAUCGAGUCUGUGUUCAAGAAGCUGCUCCGUGUUUUCUCACUGGUGAUCUGGAUAUGUCUGGUUGCCAUGGGAUACCUGUUCAUGUGCUUCGGAGGCACCGUCUCUCCCUGGGACCAGGUGUCCUUCUUCCUCUUCAUCAUCUUCGUGGUAUACACCAUGCUGCCCUUCAACAUGCGAGAUGCCAUCAUCGCCAGCGUCCUCACCUCUUCAUCCCACACCAUCGUGCUGAGCAUCUGUCUGUCUGCAACGCCGGGAGCCAAGGAGCACCUGGUCUGGCAGAUUCUGGCCAACGUGAUCAUUUUCAUCUGUGGUAACUUGGCAGGCGCCUACCAUAAGCACCUCAUGGAACUGGCUCUGCAGCAAACCUAUCAGGACACCUGUAACUGCCUCAAGUCCCGGAUCAAGCUUGAAUUUGAAAAACGUCAGCAGGAGCGGCUGCUGCUCUCCUUGCUGCCGGCUCACAUUGCCAUGGAGAUGAAGGCAGAGAUCAUCCAAAGGCUACAAGGCCCCAAAGCAGGCCAGAUGGAAAACACAAAUAACUUUCACAACCUGUAUGUCAAGAGGCACACCAACGUGAGCAUCUUAUAUGCUGACAUUGUUGGAUUCACUCGUCUCGCAAGUGACUGCUCCCCAGGGGAACUGGUCCACAUGCUGAAUGAACUCUUUGGGAAGUUUGAUCAGAUUGCAAAGGAGAAUGAAUGCAUGAGAAUUAAAAUUUUAGGAGACUGCUAUUACUGUGUUUCCGGACUCCCUAUAUCUCUUCCUAACCAUGCCAAGAACUGUGUGAAAAUGGGCUUGGAUAUGUGUGAAGCUAUAAAGAAGGUGAGGGAUGCUACGGGCGUUGACAUCAACAUGCGUGUAGGAGUGCACUCUGGGAACGUCCUCUGUGGUGUGAUCGGUCUCCAAAAGUGGCAGUAUGACGUCUGGUCACAUGACGUUACAUUGGCCAACCAUAUGGAGGCUGGAGGAGUCCCUGGACGUGUUCACAUUUCUUCAGUCACCCUGGAACAUUUGAAUGGAGCUUAUAAAGUAGAAGAAGGAGAUGGUGAAAUAAGAGACCCGUAUUUAAAGCAGCACUUAGUGAAAACCUACUUUGUAAUCAACCCCAAGGGAGAGCGACGGAGUCCCCAGCACCUCUUCAGACCUCGCCAUACCCUGGAUGGAGCCAAGAUGAGGGCUUCUGUCCGCAUGACCCGGUACUUGGAGUCCUGGGGAGCGGCCAAGCCCUUCGCACACCUGCACCACAGAGACAGCAUGACCACAGAAAAUGGGAAGAUCAGCACCAUGGAUGUGCCGAUGGGUCAACAUAAUUUUCAAAAUCGCACCUUAAGAACUAAGUCACAAAAGAAAAGAUUUGAAGAAGAAUUGAAUGAAAGGAUGAUCCAAGCAAUUGAUGGAAUCAAUGCACAAAAGCAAUGGCUCAAGUCUGAGGACAUUCAAAGAAUCUCUCUGCUUUUCUAUAACAAGAUUAUAGAGAAAGAAUACCGAGCCACGGCGCUGCCAGCGUUCAAGUACUACGUGACGUGCGCCUGCCUCAUCUUCCUCUGCAUCUUCAUCGUGCAGGUUCUUGUGCUGCCAAAAACAUCGAUCCUCGGCAUCUCCUUUGGAGCUGCAUUUCUCUCGCUUGCCUUCAUCCUCUUUGUCUGCUUUGCUGGGCAGCUUUUGCAAUGCAGCAAAAAGGCCUCAGCCUCUCUCAUGUGGCUUUUGAAGUCAUCCGGCAUCAUCGCCAACCGCCCGUGGCCGCGGAUCUCGCUCACAAUUGUCACCACGACGAUCAUUCUGACCAUGGCUGUGUUCAACAUGUUUUUCCUGAGUGACCCAGAGGAGACCAUCCUUCCAGCUGCCAAUUCCUCAAGUGCAAACUCUUCCACCCCAGACAACCAGACAGCGAUUCUUCGUGCACAGAAGUUAUUUUUCCUCCCGUACUUCAUAUACAGCUGCAUUCUGGGACUAAUCUCCUGCUCGGUUUUCCUGAGGGUGAAUUAUGAGCUGAAGAUGUUGAUCAUGAUGGUGGCGCUAGUGGGUUAUAACAUCAUCCUGCUCCACACCCACGCUCACGUCCUGGACGCCUACAGCCAGGUCCUGUUUGAGAGACCAGGCAUUUGGAAAGACCUGAAGACCAUGGGCCCCGUGUCCCUUUCUGUGUUCUUCAUCACGCUGCUCGUACUGGGUAGACAGAAUGAAUAUUACUGUAGGUUAGACUUCUUGUGGAAGAACAAGUUCAAAAAAGAGCGGGAGGAGAUAGAAACCAUGGAGAACCUGAACCGCGUGCUGCUGGAGAACGUGCUUCCUGCACAUGUGGCUGAGCACUUCCUGGCCAGGAGCCUGAAGAAUGAGGAGCUGUACCACCAGUCCUACGACUGUGUCUGCGUCAUGUUCGCCUCUAUUCCUGAUUUCAAGGAAUUCUACACAGAAUCAGAUGUGAACAAGGAAGGCUUGGAAUGCCUUCGGCUCCUGAAUGAGAUCAUCGCUGACUUUGAUGAUCUGCUCUCCAAGCCGAAGUUCAGUGGUGUUGAAAAGAUCAAGACCAUCGGUAGCACGUACAUGGCAGCCACGGGUCUUAGUGCCGUACCCAGCCAGGAGCACACCCAGGAGCCUGAACGUCAGUACAUGCACAUAGGAACCAUGGUGGAGUUUGCAUUUGCCCUGGUGGCCAAAUUGGAUGCCAUCAAUAAGCACUCCUUCAAUGACUUCAAACUGCGCGUGGGUAUCAACCAUGGACCUGUAAUCGCUGGUGUCAUAGGAGCGCAGAAGCCACAAUAUGACAUCUGGGGCAACACUGUCAACGUGGCAAGCAGGAUGGACAGCACCGGGGUCCUGGACAAAAUACAGGUUACCGAAGAGACAAGCCUCAUCCUCCAGACGCUUGGCUACACAUGCACAUGUCGAGGCAUAAUCAAUGUGAAAGGAAAGGGGAACCUGACGACGUACUUUGUAAACACAGAGAUGUCACGGUCCCUCUCCCAGAGCAACGUGGCAUCCUGAAAAGUUGCCCAGUUCCUGGCAAGCAGCGUACAUGUCCAGGAAGGUACCACGCACUUUUGACUGCAGCCUCUGUCCCUUGUUUUGAUGUACGUGCUCUGUCCCGUCCUCUGGAGCCCUUCAGACUAGUUCCUUUGACCCAGUGGCAUACCGUUUGGUGUCUAUAUGUGCCCAGAUCGUCCGUCCUGCCACUUGCACUGUGCUUACUCCUAAGUGAAAGGACAAGAAAAGUAUUUAAAGAACUGGUAAAGAGGAGAGAGGCGAACACAAAUUCUUAAGGCAAUAAAACUGGGGGGUGUAUAUUAUCUUCUGGCGCAUGUUCUUUUCUGGAAAAUACGGUAGCUCGCAACUGCAUCCACUAGUCUGAUAUUCAAACACACAGUAUUUGUGAAUAAGUUGAUUCUGUCUCCCGAAGUGACCUCUGUGCUCUCCCAUGUGUCUCAAUGCCAGAGGUCACCGUGGGCCUCGGCCGGGACUCCCGGCUCUCGUCACCUUGCUCUGUUGUCUCUCACGGCAGCCACACAUUGCCACCCAUCACCAGAAUUAGUCCUCACAGCGUAGGACCAGUUUUGUACCAACCUCAUCUGAUGUUUGGAUGCCAUUUGUCUUUUGUAAGGUUAAUUCAUUAAAAGUUUUAUGUACUUUG